AUGUCCUCGUAUAAAUUUGCACAAAAACCUUUCAAUUUUGUACCACCUGACAAAGGAAGCUUCCCACUAGAUCACGAUGGAGUGUGCAAAGAUUUAAUGAUGAAAUACAUGGAUUGUUUAGCAGCGUAUAAAAGAGAAAAUUCAAAGUGUAGAGAAGAAAUAAAAAAUUACCUCGACUGUAGAAUGAACAAUGAAUUGAUGACGAGAGAAUCUUGGAAAAACUUAGGAAGUGUGGCAGCUUUAAAAAUUCCCCUUUUAGUCAAUAAAUUAUUGGAAAUUAAAAAAGUUAACAUCAAAAUUGUCACCACUCGACAUGCAUUGCACUUUUUCAAAAAAAAAGAUGUCGGAAAUGUCGAUGUUUUAACAGAUGACAACGAAUGGAAAUCAUGGAAAAAUCGUGGUGAUCCCGUAUUGCACAUAGAGCUAACAAAAUGGGCUGAUUUGUUUGUCAUAGCUCCACUCGAUGCAAACACAUUGGGAAAAUUAGCAAAUGGUUUAUGCGACAAUCUUUUAACAUGUGUAGCAAGAGCAUGGAAUAUGAAUAAGCCAUUUUUAUUUUGCCCAGCCAUGAAUACGAGAAUGUACGAGCAUCCCAUAACUUCAAAACAAAUAUCGACAUUAACUUCAUGGGGAUACAUUGAAAUCCCUGUCGUGUCUAAAAUGUUAGUGUGUGGGGAUAAAGGAUUGGGAGCCAUGGCUGAAGUUGAUACAAUCAUACAAUUGUUAGGCGGUGCUUUGAGUUUGUUCAGGAUGCAUUACGCAGUUAGUGUUGGUCUUACCGAAGAUUGGAUGCGUAACCAAAGUUAA